AUGAUAUCUUCCAAGAAUAUCGAAGGAACCUCACAAUCCGAUCAAAGAGAUGUUGGAGACAAGAGAAACACUCCCUUCUCUUAUGGUUCGUCCCACAAACUUGAGUUUCCAAAAUUUGAUGGUGAAGAUUUUCGAGGAUGGGUUAUGAAAGCUGAAUGUCAUUUUGAAGUAGAAGAUAUUCCACCUCACAUGAAGGCGGGAAUUAUAUAUACGAGCAUGGGACCUCGUUUUGAAGCUCUAGUAUAUGAUGACCCUUUAGUUGACUUGAGAAACCCGAGACAAACGGGUACCUUACAAGACUAUAUUGAUGAGUUUGAUGUGAUUUAUCCCAGGCUGAGAUCCGGGAAGCUCAAGUCUGUGAGUUUUUUCAUUCGGUCUUGUUACUGCCCUCCAAGUGCUCGUAAGAAUGUUCAAACCAGCUUCAUUAGUCGAAGCCUAUUCCUUAUCUCGGUUACGAGAGCUCACUAUAGAGGCUAUUCGAAAUCCCACCAAUCCAAUACCCACUCCCUUAUUCCCUAA